CGAGCGACGUAAAAAAGGCAUCUUGAAGCGUUCUGGAGUGCAUUUUUAGCUAAAUUUAAGAGAUUUCACGCCAAAUAAAGCCGGAAAAUGCCGUAUGCGAAUCAGCCAUCAGUUCACAUCACCGAACUAACUGACGAAAAUGUCAAAUUUAUCGUAGAAGACACGGAAUUGAGUGUGGCAAACAGCUUACGCCGAGUAUUUAUCGCUGAAACUCCCACUCUCGCGAUUGAUUGGGUGCAGUUGGAAUCAAAUACAACAGUUUUGGCUGACGAAUUUCUCGCACAUCGCAUCGGACUCAUUCCAUUGAUCUCGGAUGAGGUCGUUGAACGCAUAAAUUUCAGCAGAGAUUGCACGUGUCUCGACUUUUGCACGGAUUGCAGCGUCGAAUUUACGCUCGAUGUCAAAUGCACAGACGAACAUACGCGUCACGUAACGACAGCGGAUCUAAAAUCGAGCGAUUCUCGCGUUUUGCCCGUCACAUCGAGGCAUCGCGAUGACGACGAUAACGAAUAUGGCGAAGCAAAUGACGAAAUUUUGAUUGUAAAGUUGCGUAAAGGGCAGGAACUGAAAUUGCGUGCUUAUGCGAAGAAGGGAUUUGGUAAGGAACAUGCCAAAUGGAAUCCGACAGCCGGUGUGUGUUUCGAAUAUGACCCGGAUAACAGUAUGCGACACACGUUGUUCCCCAAGCCCGAUGAAUGGCCAAAAAGUGAACAUACCGAAUUAGACGAGGACCAUUUCGAGGCGGAAUACAAUUGGGAAGCGAAGCCAAACAAGUUUUUCUUCAACGUGGAGUCGUCCGGGGCUUUGAAACCCGAACAUAUUGUCAUCAUGGGCGUUCAGGUGCUCAAAAAUAAACUUUCCAACUUGCAAACGCAAUUGUCGCACGAGACGCAACAAGAUGCCUUGGCAAUCCAUCCGGGAAUCUAA